AUCAAUGUGUAAUAAGCAUUACUAGGGAUUUUGUCAUAUGUCAAGCGUGCGUUUCUUUUCAAACCACUUUAACGGGUGGAUAUAGUUUCUUUAAAGUCGUAAUAAACACAGUUAUUUAUGUUAUUGUGUAAUCCAAAUAAAAUAUCGUCGUUGAGAAAUAAAGCUUGUACAUUCUGGAAAAACUUGUUCGUCGAUUAAUUUCAGUUGCAAGCAUGGUUGGGCGAUACCGGGAGAAGCAAUAUCAGCUGGCUGCUCAGAAACACAACGAGACUUAUCUGAAGUACGAUUAUUACCAACAGAUCGCGAAAUACUUCGAGCGGGAGUGUCAGAUCGCCAAGCACUAUGACUCGUGGAAUUACAAGAGUCUAGACCCCAAAGGCGAGAUUGAGAAGGCUAAGAAAGCGGAGAGACUCCGUGCCAGAAGGAAUAAAUUGAGGAUUCUGUUGAAGGAAGAGGACGAAACGUACAGAGGGGAGUUGGAGGAACGGAAAAGAGUAAAAAGUCGACCGGAGGAGACGUCGUUGGAGCGUUUGAGGGAGAAACUAAGGGAGAGACGUGUCGAACAGAGUCUCUAUCUGCCUAGAACUUGCAGAAGAUAUCAGUCGUAUUUCGUGUGCCCUACACAAUCGAACAGUUCACGUUGGAGUACGCUGAAAGACACCAAUCUUCAGUAUAACCAUCCUUGCAAAGAAUCGACGAAUUUCGUCCAGCAAACAGACAAAUUUCCGCAGAGGCAGGACACCGCGGACUCGCAGGAAGAUGUUUCUCAUCAUUACGCCAGCGAGGGUGAAAGGCCUAAUUCGAAGUAUUCAGCUCGUUACGCGCGCAGAAGCUUGGAGAAUACCAACGUGAGAUUCGAAGAUGGCGAGUACACUUUGAACAGAACACCAAGUAGAGCUUCGCUCUCGUAUGGACACAUUUCUCCAAACGGAGACGAUCCGGUUCUUGUAGAUAACAAAGAGAACAACGAGAGUAGAUUGUUGAUCGAUUCUGAGAAAGACAGAGUAACUACAAGCCGUCCUUUCAGCUCGGAAGAACAAUUUCGUCUGCGCGAUGCCCAUAACGACGGCUUGGACCAAAAUUCUAUGGAUCAUUUGAGAGAAGACAGCGACAUGUACAGGGUCGACAGCCCGGUGGAACACGACAUGAAAGAGGAUCAAGCGACGACGAGGAACGACACUCGGCAGUUCGAAGUGGAGAAAAGUAUGCCGUGGCUGAGGAUGAUCCCUGGUGACAAGAACCUCUCGAAACCGAUGUUUCUGUACCUGACUCACAAAGAAUUGAAAUGCAAAAUUGAGGAUUUGGCGAAGAGGGAAACUCAUGCUUGUAACAAGCACUGCUGGGACGAGGCACUCCGAUUGAGAGACAUGAGGAACAAGAUGGAACUGCUUCGCGAGAAGAAGCUGUACCACAUGGAUACUCUCGAUAUAGACGAGGAUUCGAGGAUGUUAGCAUUGGUGAACAUCGACAAGAGGGAAGCUGAGUUGACCGAACGAGAGAAAGUCUGCAUGGAUUCAACUAUGUAUAACGAAGAUGCGAAAGCGCUAUGGAAGAAAUGGGUGCAAGAGGACGAGAUGUUCGCUAUCAGGGACGCACGGCUCGAGAGGGAGAAGUUGAUGAACAGUUUGGAGAAGGAAUGGCAGAAUCUAGCGAUCCGCGACAAAGAGAGGAUCUCUCUGUCGUAUCAGAGUGUGAUGAACGACUCUGACUUGCAAGAGGAGCAUAAACUAUCUGCGGCGAUUAACGCCAGUAGAAUGAAGUCCUCCUCAGGUUCCUUGAAAUAG